GCAAGCACCAGCCAGCAGUCGCGUUCUGUGCUUCGGUGCUACUGUGUGUAUCUCACCUGAUCGUGAUAGUGCCGCUCGCAAAACCCUGAAAACAUGGAUUGUGUGCAUUUUUCUCGUUCGUGAUUCACCUUUCGUCAAGUGACAGGAACACUCUUGUGUCAGGAAAAUUGACCGGCGCGUGACAAUGGAUUUCGGAAGUGCAAUUGACGCCGUCGGCCGAGCCUCCAAACGUUCCAAAAUCGGACGGAAGCUGUCCCGACGGCUGUCCAUGGUGGCAAAGGUGCCGUCGCUGAUUCAAAAUAAAUUUCGGACGAGUGACAACCAGCAACAGCAAGGUGGCCGCUCCAGAAGUAGCAGCGUGCGACACGUUUCGCGCACCUUUGAAAUUUCCAUCAUAGCGCCCGACAAAACGCAACGAUUGGUGGCGGCCCGUAGCGGUGACUUCAUACACAACUUGGUGAGCCCGAUCCUCAACGAGUUUCAACUUGUGGCGGAUUCGCAUGGGCCCGCGCCCUACGAAAGAAGCCCCGACCAUCCCAAUGGGACGCCUGUUGGCACCAAGUACACCCUCCUUUUAGCAGGGUCGCGGGCCGUAGUCGACAAGCAAGUCGACGUUUCCUGUUUAGAAGGCGACAUUCUUCUAAUUGAAACCAAGCCGAGCCACUCUUUCCAAGCAGCCUUGGAUCCAAGACUCUAUCUCGCAGAGGAACUUCUUUGGAGCGAAAAAGAAUUCUGCGAAGCUCUUGCAUCGGCAACCGAGCUUUACGGUAAACCCCUGCAGAGAAUAGGCUGUCUGAAUGCGUUUGAACAAGACUUGAUUUUUGGCACGCUCCAAGACUUCCAGCGGGAGAGCAUGCAGAGGUGUCUAGAGCUGGAGCGUUGCCUCAAGUCCUGGAAUCCCGAGACUACAACACUUGGUCACUUGUUUUCGAAACAGUUCUGGCUGCAGCAAGAAGAGUACCAGGAUGUCUACCGCAAGAUGAAAGAAGUCAUCAGGGACAAGAAGAGCAACGACGAGGAGUUCGUCGAGUUCUGCAAACUGCGCCAGGGUGCUGCCCUGCACUCGCUGCAGGCACUGCUAGAUUUACCGGUGCAACGAUUAGCCCAGUUUGAGAGCUACUUUGAGGCAACCCUGGGAGCGACCCGUCAUGAGCACCCGGACUUUGAGGACCUGAGUCGCGCUGCGGCCAAGGCCAAGCAGGCUGUCAAACGGACGCAGGAGGAAAGCGAUUUGGAAAGGAUUCAAGACCUCUUCCCCAAUGACCCCCUGUGCCUAUACGACAAAGAUGCCAUCACAAUGAAGAUGAAGGGGCUGAUUCGAAAGCGGUCAACGACUGCAGGCCGUCUCCAGCGUGUCCUCUCCAAUAAAAACAGCAACAACAGGGAUGACUCUGCCCGCGAGGAGGCCAACUCGCGGCCCGAGAAGCGGCAAUUCCUCAUGGAAACCGCGGUCCAGUUCACAACCGGGGUGCAGAGUCAGGAGAGGCACCUUUUUCUCUUCAACGACAUGCUGUUGGUGGCCAAGGCUCGUUCUGGUGGAAAUUUCAAGCUGAAGGAAAAGGUGCGAGUUUCGGAAAUGUGGCUGGCUCGCUGCAUCGACGACGUUAUCGAGGUUCAGAGGUCGGUAGAGACCUCCCUCGUACUCGGAUGGCCCACCACAAACGUUGUUGCCACAUUUGGGACCCAAGCGGCGCGUGAUCUUUGGCUACAAAGACUGGGCGAGGUAAUUGCUGCCGAGAGGGAGAAGGAACCCCGCACCACCAAUAUUCAGGUUGUCUACUAUGACAACGCCACCAACAUUGAAUAUUGCAAGACAUUCAGCGUAACACCCAACGAAACAGCCCGCUGCUGUAUCAAAUUGGCCCUCGAGCAUUUGGAGAUGCGUGGCUUGGACGCCGCACAGUUCCAACUGUGGGCUCGCACAGGUCGCGACGAGGCGCCGUACCCCCUGAUCGGCCACGAAAGGCCGUUUUCCAUCAAACUGAGCUGUCUGAGGGACGGACUAAGUACAGAGGAAGGAUUUGAUCUGGACCAUUGCAACAACAUUUAUGGAACUGACCCUCUGACCAAGUGCCAGUUCAUUUUGAGAAAUAUUCGAAAGCCUAUGGACUUCGCUACCAACAAUGCUUGUGAUAACAAGAACAAGUCAAAAAAGAAUAGGAAAUCACCCAUGAAGAUCAGGCAGGUGUUCCGUCGCUCCAAGGGCGGCGAGGACAGCACAGACAGCAGUUCGCCAGCGCCAGGGACACUCUUUGGACUUCCCUUGACCAGAGUGUGCAUGGCUGAUGGAAGCCCACCUGUUGCUGUAAUGGCCAUGCUCCAGCAAGUGUUCACCAAAGGACCCUUCACUCAAGGCAUCUUCCGCAAGUCUGCAAAUGCCAGAAUGGUCCGAGAAACCAGAGAACAACUGGACGCUGGAGCCUCGCCUGCGGUGCUAGAGCACUUGCCUGUUCUAGCAACAGCAGGCUUGCUCAAGGACUUCUUCCGCUCCCUACCAGAGCCCUUGAUGGCCGCAGCACUCUACAAAGACUGGCUGGAGGCUGUUGAUGGACACCCUGAAGAGCCCGAGGCGGAAAAAUUAGUCAGGAUAAAAAGUGUUUUGGAGCGGCUUGCUCCUGUCAGUCAGUGCCUCUUGGCCCACUUCAUUUGUGUCCUGCACCACAUCGCCCGACGUUCAAGCCAGAAUCUGAUGACCCCGACAAACCUUGCUGUGUGUGUUGGGCCAAGUCUUCUGUGGGGACCUUCGCCUACCCCUGCAGCAUCUCGUGCCAUACCAGCGCUUGUUGAGCUGCUGAUCUCCAGAUGCGACACACUUAUGGGCGCUGGCGUGAUAUCACUCAUGGGAGAAGCCCCUGAGAGGGACCCAAUGAGACAGGACAGUGGUGCUGAAGAAUCGGACAGCUUGCAUUCUGGCGGAAUGCGGCGAGAUGACUCCUCAAUUGACAGCCUGGAGAGGGAAGAACUCUUGGGACCAUGCCCUCCCCCUCGAAAGGACAAGAUGUCUCUAAGCAGAGACUCUGGACUGACAAUGUCUGACUCACAGUUGUAUACACCUGACGAAGAAGAAUCUGGUUCAACCAGCUCAGGCCUGAGCGGCGAAACCAAGGGAGUGGCUGUGCCUCGAGGCGGAAUCUACCGGCCGCCUCAGCAGCAGACAACCACUCCAAACUCAAGCCAGCCUCGCUACGAGCACGCCAAACUGACUGCGACCUUGUCGCACCCCCAGCAGCCCUUGGCGUCGGCCAACUACGUCCGAGUGUACGAGGGCUACGACGACCGGAUCCGCAUGACGGCUGACGACCAGAGCAUCUAUGGCCGUACCAAGCAGCCUAACAACCCCAAUUUCCAGCGACAGGACUGGUUCCGGCAACGGUCGCACCUCAAGCGACUCAACAGCGGCUCCAAGCAGGGUAGUCAGAAUUCGUCUAGUUCAAGCAGCUCGUCUUCCAGCUCUUCGGGCGGUGGGUGCAGCCAGGAGCUGCGCCGCAGCGCCUCAGAGGAGUCGCUGCUCAACUCGUACGGCAACGGCGGCACCAGCAAGCGGCCGGCGCUGCACAGCAAGGGCCGCGCACCCCCUCCCCCAACCACCCCACCGAGCAGGAGAAAGAUCCAGCAACAGCAGCAGCGUUUCAACCCGCACUACUCACUGUCCAGAUCUAAGUCAGCGCACCACUUGUGCUCGCCCGAGGAGCAGCAAAUGGACCAAAUGAACCAGUCUUUCUCCUCCAACAACACCCAUACCUCCACGCCCAAGGUGGCCGUUCGCAAAAGUAGCCAGCCGCAGCCUGAGGCGAUCGUCGACUGGACCAGGUCGCAGUCCACGCCGCACAUUGCCGCCCCCGCGGACGAGAUGGAACGCUCUUACGACUCGAGCACUCUGUCAGACGACGAUUCGACGCCGCACGUGUCUCGGUCCAACUCGCGAGGCAAGGACUGCCCGUCUGCCUGGGAGAACAGCUUUUCUAUCCCCUCCGGCUAUGACCUCGGUCUCAGUCUGUCCACUUCGGCCAACGCCAGCGUUCGACGGGACAUGGUGGUCCGGGCAGCUCCUGUGAUAGCGACCGACAGUGACCAGGAGAGUGUGCCUCCUCUGCCUCCCAAGCAGAGGCGGUCGCCCACCGACGGCAAGUUGCGACACCUACCCCCUGUGCACGUCAACGUCGAAGCCACUAGCAAAAAGAUCAGGCCCGCUUCCUUCCACCCCGGAGACGAACCCUUGUACCAGUCACCCAGGACGAGGAAGCCCGCUGCUCCUCUGGAGGAAGAGGAAGAGCAGCAGCAUAAGAGCCCAGAAAGGAGAGGUAGACUGAGGAGAAGGGAUUCGGGAGCCUGCCAAAGGUCCAAGUCUCUGCCUCCGGCCGACAACAAGGAGAAUGAGGAGGAAUCUCGGCUAAACAAAACCACCGUGGACUGCAGGCGAGACUCGUCGCCUGCCAGGAACGGAGAAGUCAGUUGGAGUGUGUCCCAACUGCGCUCUCUCUUCGGCGAGACACGGCCGCCGCCCUACAGGCCACCGCCCCGCGUGGCGGCCCCCAUUCCCAGUCACAGAGCUCCUAUCACCGCGUUCCACUUGGGCAACAGCAAGUCAGAGUUGCAGGUGGCUCGACUGCUGAACAGAAGAAGGCAGCAGCAGCAACAACAGCCGCAGCCGCAGCCACAAAAAGUUGUCCGAGCCAACUCUGCGGACAGUACUUCUGAAGAAGAGUCGUAUGUGUAGCGAGCGGAGACAGGGAAAAAACUGAAUAAGAAAUCAUAAGUGAGUCAUCAAGUACAACUGCCAUAUUCAAAUAGGAACAGUGAAUGUGUUGUCAAAUAUAAUAGACAUUGCUAAAAUUAACCCAUGCAUUUAUUUGCCAAACCCGUUCUGCAAUCGAAACACAGUAAAUAUAUUAGACUAGGAUAUUUAUAGAUAACUCUAUUGUUAAGAGUAAACCAUUUUCUGCAUAAGUAAAAUGCAUUUAUCUCAGGGCCAUAAUAAUAAUAAGCGCUAUAUGUAUAUUAUGUUAAUCAAUUUUAUUUCCCCUUGUUGACAUCCAGUUACCAUCAGCAAUGUAGAAAUUAUUGAUUCGAUGAUUCGGUCUACUAACAAGAAACCUAUCAAUUUAAGGUAAAUUAUAUAGCUUAAAUAAACUAAAUUGAAAGGUUCUGACUGGUUAAUUUUUUAAUGAUUGAAGAAACUCGUGUAAGAAAUUACCAGUGUGACUGUUUUCUGCAAUGAUAUGAACAAGCGCGUUGUACUUUUUAUAUCUUAUGUACAUUAAAAACAAUUAUGGUAUACAUAUUAACAA